AUGAGUGGUAUUAAACGAACUUUGAGUGCUGAAGAUAGCUCCCAAAAGACAGAUUCUAGCAAUGAACAACCAGCAAGCCCAAAUGAUUCGCCUGGUUCAAAAAAGCUUCGACGUACAUCAUCAACGUCUGAAAAUGAAUUGACCACUCAAAUAAUUGAUCAAGAAAAUGGUAUUAUUAAUGGUCAUUCAACCAGUCUAUCUGAAACCGAAGAGCAGGAAGUAGAUAACGAUAUAGAAGGAAACUCUUCUGAUCAUUCAAUUGUUCCUGUCGAUUUUGAUAAUGGCAAAAAUGAUAUUUUUCGUUAUGAUGGUACAAUUAUUUUUCAUACUCAUAUUCCAUCGCGAGGACGAGAUUGUCAAGUAUCAAGUGAACCGUCAAUAAUACGAACAUUUUCAUGGACAUUAAUGACUUAUUUACAUCUAGCUUAUGAUAAUUCUCUACGUACCCAUACAAAAUUCAUCAGUCUUUUUCUUAAAUGUGAACCAGAAAAAAAAUCUACUAGUUGGUCAAUAUUUGCAAAAGCUGAGUUAAUACUUCUGCAUCGAACAGAUUCAAAUAAAAAUUUUGUUCAAAAAAUUAAUCAUUUGUUUAAUGUGCGUUCUAAUGAUUGGGGUUUCCAUCAAUUAAAAUCAUUGAAAGAAAUUGAUAGCGAUUUUCUACACUCUCCAGAUAAUACAGUACGAAUUAUAGCAAAGAUUCAUGCUGAUCCUCCCAGAAAUGUUGAAUGGGAUUCAAAAGGUCAAACUGGUUUUGUUGGUUUGCGCAAUAUUGGUGCAACUUGUUAUAUGAAUUCAUUCUUGCAAACGAUUUAUUUUACAAAAAAAUUACGCAAGGCUGUAUAUGCUUUACCAACAGAUAGUGAUGAUCAAGCACAUAGUAUUCCACUUGCUUUACAAAAGCUCUUCUAUGAUCUUCAAUUUACUGAUCGAUCUAUAAGCACAAAAAAAUUGACACGUUCGUUUGGAUGGGAUAAGCCAGAUGAAUUUUGUCAACAUGAUAUUCAAGAAUUUUGCCGAGUGUUACUCGAUAAAUUAGAAUCAAAAAUGGAAGGUACAACAAUGGAAGGUAUUAUUCCAUCGCUAUUCCAAGGGCAAUAUGUGCAAUAUGUACGGUGUACACAAGUUCAGCAUGAAUCUCGAGUACAACAAACAUUCUACGAUGUUCCAUUACAAAUACGAAAUAAUGCUAAUAUUAUAGAAAGUUUUCGAGAUUUCUGUAAAAGUGAAAUAUUAACUGGCGAAAAUUUAUACGACGCGGGCGAUGUUCAUGGUUUACAGGAAGCAGAAAAAGGUGUUAAAUUUCAACACUUUCCUCCUGUGCUUUGUUUACAUUUGUUACGCUUUGAAUAUGAUUAUAAUCUAUCUCAAAAUAGAAAAAUAAAUGAUAGUUAUUCAUUUGAUUAUCAUCUUAAUUUAAGUGAAUUUCUUGAAAAUCCAAAUUCUUCGCCAUGUUCAUAUAAAUUAUUAUCAAUAUUAGUCCACAGUGGAGAUAAUUCCAGUGGACAUUAUGUUUCAUUUAUUAAUCCAGGAUUAGAUGAACAAUGGUUUAAAUUUGAUGAUGAAGUUGUUGCACACGUAGCACCAAGUGAUGCCAUUGAAAGAAACUUUGGUGGAAUUAAAGAUGAUGAUGGUAGUAUGUAUAAUACAUCGGCUUAUAUGCUUGUUUAUAUACGUGAAGAUUAUCAAAAAGAGGUUUUAUGUGAUAUUGAUCUAAAAGAUAUUCCAGAAAAUUUAAUAAAACGAUUUGAUUAUGAAAAAAAAUCAUUUUUUAAACGUCGUGAAAAUAUGUUGGAUAAUGAUGAUUUAAUUUACAUGCAAAUUAUUUUAAAUACUGACUUUUAUAUUAAACAAACAUCUGGUUUAAAUGAAAUUAUUUAUGAGACUUCUAUCGAUUUUCCAAACAACAAAUAUUAUGCACGGUCUAUUCGAGCACGUAGUUCAGAAUUAUUUAGUGCCUUUGUAGAACGAUUAGCACACGAAAUGGGAGUAAAUCUCGACGAAGAUAUACGAAUAUGGAUAGUUAAUACUCAUAAGAUUAAUACUGGUCAUCAAAAUCAUAUUCAUUAUCAUUCUCAAGCAUUAACUACUUCGGCACUCACCUAUUGUGAUAAUUAUGAUAAAACAAUCAUAGAUUUAUUCCAAUAUAAAACAACAAAUCGACACAUUAUUUCGAUAUUUGUCGAACAAAAGAUAUUUUUGAAUGGUGUAUAUCAAUUGUUACCAUUUGAUAAAAAUGAUGAUAUACUUGUAUUUGUUUGUUUAUAUGAUUCUCAAAAUGAAUCUCCUUUGUUUAUUGGCCAUUUUCUAUUUUCCAAACAACAAUCACUUAAAAAAUGUUUAAAUGACAUUGCUGUCCGUAUUGAAAGACCAGUAUCGUCGUCAACAAAAUUUAACGUUUACCAAAGUGUACCAAAACAUAAUCAAACUCAUCAGUAUGAAUCGAUAAAAUCAUCUAAUUUUGAUUUACCAUUAUCUCAAGCACUCCAUCCUUGUAUAUCGGGCACGUCAAUUAUGAUUCAAAUCUUGGAUAUGGAUCAAGCACAUCAUGAGAAAUUCACUACAGCAAAUUUUUCAAAUCGCCAAGAAUUUCAUUUUUGUAACCUAGAUAAUCUCCGAAACGAUUAUCUUUUUAAAUUAUAUCUUCCAAUGGAAACAUCCAUAAAAGAAAUUAUUAAAUUGAUUGCUGAACGUAUUAAUUAUCCGGAACAACAAAUUAUUGUGCAAAAAUCUUUUAAUCCAAUAACACAACUCAAUACAACGCCUUUGGCAUCUUCAUUUCAUAUUGGUAGUGAACAAAAAUUAAAAGAUCUCUAUUCAAAUACACGUAAUCCAGCAACAACACCUCGAAAAAUCUUAUUUAAAAGGUUGCCGUUUAAUUAUACAGAACUUGAAAAUCGUCGUUUAUUUCGUAUAUUUGUUACAAAUUCAACAAGAAAAGAUGAACAACGUGAAGUACAGUUUUAUGCUAAAACUUCUUCAACGAUAGCUGAUUUUCUCAAUGAAAUUAAACAAUGGAUACCAACAUUGUGUUCCGAAAAUGGUAGCCAACAAUUAAGAAUCAUUGAACUAAUCCUAAACAAUGAAAUAAAUCUUCCACUUCGUCUACGUAUAUGUCCUGAUCAAAUAUCAAUAGAUAAAUUUGAUUAUUGUCCAAAGCGUUAUUAUCAUUUAGAAGAAAUAAGUUCUGAUGAAAAUGAUCACAAUAACGAUUCAGUAUUAAUACCUGUUGCUCAUUAUACUAAAGAAAAUUUGAUACAAAUAAGUUUUCAAAAAUUUUUCCCAUUUUUCCUGAAUGUGAUACACAAUGAAUCCUUUGGUGAUGUUAAACAACGAUUACAGAUUAAAUUAGGUCUAACGAAUCGUGAAUUUGAAAAAUAUCGUUUUUCAAUAUUUAAUGGUAGUAAAUUGAUGUCUCGGUGUGAUGAUAAUAUGGGACGAAUCAAUUUACGUGAAAUAAAAUCAAUACAAAAUGUUUGCUGGCUUGGUUUAGAAUUACCACUUAUAUCAAAUCCACGGAAGACUAGAAAAUCAAAUUUUUCAGAAAAGCCGAUUCGAAUAAACUAG